AUGAACUACAACAACAGCUAUGCCGACAGCAAUAUGCAUGGGAGGCGAAAGGUCAACAAUGCCAAGGAGAAGGAACAGGAGUCAUGGAGCACUAUGAAUUAUGUGAGAAAUAGCCAAAUGAAUUUGGCUGGGGUGCCCGGCGUAGACACCAUGAUGGGAAAUAGAAGUUACACAGACGCGUUGCCAAGGGAAAGCAACGUGAGCAGGGGUCUGCACGUCGGCCCGGGAUAUGAGCAGGCAGGUCCGCCCAUCUACAACCUGGACGCAGACGCAGGUCACAUGGGGGGCAACGUCAGUGGCAAUGUUGGUGGUAGUGUUGGUGGCAAUGUUGGUGCCCACCUGGGGAAUCGCGCUGGCGCAAACUUCCAGCACACCUUCCUGAACCCCAGCGACCUGGGCGCAGCGAACACGGCCAGUGCUGCGCCACCCAGUUAUGUGAACGCACACCCCAUAUGGGGCGCUAAGCGAAGCGAGUUCUAUGCGGCAAGUGAGGCGAGCCACGCCACGAGCAGUGGAAGUUACCCCACGGGAGGAAGUCCCUUCCACCCUGGAGGAUCAAGCGCAAACACGAAUUUUCACAGUACGAAUAAGUCCCCCAGUCAAGAAGGCAGAAGAGACGGCAUGUACCCACAUCUUGUUGGGCCAAAGAACGGAACACAUGGAGCAGAUAACCGUCUGCACUUUGUGAAUGGUAGUAUGAAUAAUGAGCAUGAAAUGAAGACACAGGUAUUUAUCCCGUCGCAACCAUUUAAAGGAGAAAGUAGCAGUAUGAGUGGAAGUCAAGUGAGUACGAGUGCCUUCCCUCAGUCGGAGAGGUGGAACAACAAAAGAGAUGGCAUGAAACCGGAGACAAACAAAGGAAUCAUGCACAAUAUAUUUGAGAGUCUAACGAAUACAGUACAGACAGAUGAUCCUAUUAAUAAUAUAAUGAAACAGAGAGUUGCUAAUAUGGUUAUGAGUGAGAUAGAGAAGAAAAUUGAAAAUCAUGAUACUAGUUUUAUUGGAAAUAAGUUGGCACUGUUGAGGGGGUAUUUUGACGUUACUCAUUCAUAUGUUGCUAAUAAAAUAAUGUUCAUUCUGGUACCUUAUGUGUACAUACGGAAGGCUCUAUGUGAGUCCAGGACUUAUUAUGUGUAUACCCAUUUGGAACGGAUGAUGGGGACUGGGCAUCAUCACAACAGCAACUAUACGUCUGCCUUUUCACUUAACAAAGGAAGUUCCGAAAGUUAUGCAGGUGGAAUGGAGGAAAGUAGUAGCCUCGUUAAGGGGGGUGGUGCAAAUAAUCCUUUUGCGCAUAAUCAGACCUUUUUCUUUGACCCCAAGAGGGGCCCAGGGGGGGUGACUACCGUUGGAAAUAACUUGGGCGGGGUGAAUGAUGUGGGAGGAGUGAACGGGGAAAGUAGCCAGGGUGGUGGUACCGAUACACAACGGAGGAAUCCAGGGAGACACAACUCAAACGACAUAAACUACGUAGAUUAUAGCAGUAACAUGGGAAUCUUCAAAGCGGACCUGUACAUACCGCUCAUGUCUAGCAUCACAUACAUCCUUCUGUAUACUCUAACGGUCACUGCUCAGAAAAACAACUUUGUAUUUAACCCGGACAACCUCUUCAGCAUAACAUCCUAUGUCUUCCUGCUGCUAUUCCUAGAAACAGCCAUUAUUAAAUUUUUAUUUUUACUAACAUGUCGAGAUAUUAACCUCUCCUUUUUGCACAUCCUAUCAUUUAUUUCGUACAAGUUCGUAAUCCUGUGUGGGUUGAUACUUACCAAGUUUUUCUUCUACUUGUUGCACUUCACGUGUGCGUCUCUCUACGGGGUACCAGAAGAUAUUUUAGACAAGGGCCAGUUAGACACUGAUAUCGUAACGAACAAGAACACGCAUAAUGCAUUCAAGAGCAUGAAUGCACCCCCCUCGUCUAGGUUCAGCCCCUACAGUAUUGUCUUCUUUCUAAAUAGCCGUACCAUGUAUCGCCUGACCCAAAUUUACUUUUACGUAACAGUCAGUGUUCAGAUGAUGCAGCUCUUUAAGUCUAUUCACCUCUACGUGCACGAUAACUCCAGCUUGUCCAAUCACGUAAACAUCAAGCGGAUUAACAUUUUGAUUCUCAUUUUUUCCCUUUCCCAAAUUUUUUUGUGCUGGAUUUUAACUCCCUACUUCACAUGA